AUGCUGUCAUUGGCAGUUCUGGUCGCCUGCAUCUUCAAAUGCGAUGGGAUUGGAGACUACGGUACAACUGAUGUCUACGACAUGCUGAUUCAAAAGCAAGACGGUGUUGUUGGUGUGAGCCAGUCGGGCUCAUCGCUGGGAGCGCGGACCGUCGAGCUUUUGAGAAACGGACAGCAAGCUAUCCUGCCAGUUAAAGAUGUCAAGGAGCUGGUUGACUGCAGCGACUUUGAUGUGGCCUUGUCAUGCCCGAAAGCAGCUGACAAAGAAGCAUGUCAGCGAACAGUGGUGGAAUAUGAUGGCGUGCGGUAUGUCUGUUUCUUUACAGAGACAACAUAUGGCAGCACCUCCAGCACUCUUCACGCUUCCCGCUGCAAUGUCGACAUGAGAAGCAGCGUUUGUAGCUCAGCGGGUUGA